AGCGCAUGGGGCGCGGGCAUAAAAAAUUUUCACUUUAUAUAGUUUACGAGAAUUGAUCAUGGAGAUUCCAUUGAAUCGCAUCGACUACUCUCUUGUGGGACCAACUUCACGACAUACCAUGAAAAUUAUUCCCAAUCCCGAAGGAAAGGGUCAGCAAAAGAUUGCACUAGGAAGUCAUGAUGGCGUUGUGCAAAUUUUUAACAUUAAGAAGGGGAAUCUGGUGCAUACCUUCAAAUCUUUGCCUGGGAGAAAAAUCAAUGGACUUGAGCUAGGCGGAGUGAGAGAUCAAAUUCAAGACAAAAUUUUUGUGGCUUCAAAUAAUGAGAUUAAGGGUUACAACAAAAAAGGAAAACUUUUCCUCGCGUUUGAAACAACACUUACUGAACCUAUACAGCACAUGAGCAUUUCAGGAAGCGAUUUAAUGGUUGCAACGUUCCACUCCUUUCAACACUACGCCGAUUGUGCUGAAAAGCUGAACGCCACAUUUGCGGACAAAAUUACGGACAUAAUUAAUUUGCCAGCACCGAAUAACCAACCAGUAAGAACGGUAAUAGCCUGUGAGGACCGGACACUGCGGAUGGUGACAGACAAAAAGCAAACCGUGAUUGCUGAAAUCUCAGGACGGCCUUCAACCAUGCAACUGGAAAACGGUGACGGUGGCUUAAAUGGAAUUGAAGUAUUGUAUGGCGCACAAGACGGCAGCAUCGGACUUGUCUCUUUUGGAUUUCAACCAUUAGUGCGUUGGGUGAUGGAGAGCACCAACGGUGGCGUCAAUUGCAUGACACACUUUGAUAUGACUGGAGACGGACAGAAAGAGUUAAUUGUUGGCCGAGACGAUGGUCUCAUCGAGGUAUACGCAUUUGACGAGAUGCAGGAACUGCCCGUGAAGAGAGCCUCCUACUCUUGUAGCGAGAGCAUUGUGUCCAUUCAAGCUGGAUUUGUGAGUAGCGCCGAGUAUCCUGAAAUAAUUGCAGUUACCUACACAGGCUGGUUUUUCGGUUUGACGACGGAAAGCAAAGAAAGCAUUGAUUUGCGGCAGGGUGACGGCCCAACAAAUAUGUCCGUGGAAAUGCAAGAGCGCCUCCAGCAACUGCGAAUGGAAAUCGAUGAUAUAGAGCAAAAAGUGAUGCGAGAGCGAGAAAAGUAUAAGCAGACAACGCAAAGCAAGCCAGACGCACUAUCAAUCGUGCCCAACAUUGAAAUCAACGACAAAUUCACCCUCAUUCAAAACGAGGCCGUUUACCUUUUGUCGAUUGAGGUUCAGACACCAAUCGAUAACGUUCUCAUCCAAAGCAACACGCCGCUGCUGAUUUUGGACGUAGAGCGCAAUUCUGCUGUUGUUAGCCACAGCGCGAGUGACCCAGAGAGCGGAAACCAUCUGCUGGUCACCUAUCGCUGCCAGGUUAACACGACCCGAUUGGAGGUCAAAGUGCAAACAACCGAGGGCCGCGCUGGAGAACUGCGCGCCUACGUAACCGUGUCUAUGCAACCCAAGUGCUGUAGACUAAUCAAGUAUCCCAUCAAACCCCUGUCGCUGCAUCAACGCAGUCAUGACCUGGCUUUAGACAGGCCAUAUAAUUCACUGCGGUUGACGGGCGAGUUCAGCUUGGCCGAGGUGCACUCGUGGAUUGGAUUGUGCGUCCCUGAGGUGCCAGAAAAAGUUCCACUGACCCCUGAGGGCGUCCUGUCUUAUAAAAAUGCUUCUCUUAACACUGUUCUUCACUGUGUCUAUAUGAAAGGCAAGGCCGAGUUCAAAGCUGACAGCAUGAGCACCAUAGCCGUUCUUAAAGACAUUUUAACAAAAGAAGCCACUGCGAAAAAUAUUGAACUAGACAUUUCCUGUGAAAUCCACCCAGAAAGUACGGCACACAUGCUAAGAUUGUUACAUCCAUUGUUGGCAACACAACGUCAAAUUGCAAAUGACGCCGCUUUGCUGGUGCCGCUGCAUGAACUAAAGCAACAAGGUGUAAAUCUGCCUGAGCAGUAUCAACUUAUACUUGAACGCGAAUUGCAACUCACGGAGAACAUGAAACGACAGCCAGAUCAGUUGCAACGACUUAAAUCUAUGAUUUGUGAUUUGUUCAUGGAUAUUGGAAAGUUUCGAAGUGGAAAUGCAAGAGCAAAGGUGCCGCAGUUAUUGGAGCUGUUGGACAGCUACAAGGACAUUCAGACACUGGAGGAAUUUUUUGAGCAAUAA